GUUAUUGCAUUUCUCACUUGAGCGGCAAACACAAAAAGUUGGUGCAAAUAAAAACACUUCUUUUUUUGUCGUUUUUUUGCACACAAAAAAUAGGAAAUAAAUACAACGCCUUCAUCUUAGAGCAUAUUUUUACAAGUUAAAUGCAAGAGACUGCAAACUACACACACACAUGUACACGCACAUAACACAACACAGGAAACAAGUAGCAUAGUAAAAUUAACGAAAAAGCGUGCAAAGCACACAACACAAUUGAAGUAACGGUUCCAUGCCGGGGACAUCAGCAGCAAGCGUAGUGUGAGUAAAAAUAUACAAAAAAUGUGCUUUGCACGCAUGGAACAACAGUAGAAGCAAAAAGAAAAGGAGGAACACAAGGAGAAAUAUUUGAAUGCGAGAAGAGUGCAACAUUUAAAUGAAAUGAAAUUCAACAAAUUUAUGUGAACGAAGCGUGCAACAAAGUAAACAGAAGUCUAACUGCUGCUGUAUUGUAAUUUUUGGAGGCCACGACAGAGGAUUUGCAUUAUUCAGUGGGAAUAAUGAAUCGAUGACCGUUUGCGUUUGCGUCAGCUGAUACGGUUCUGUUCUGUUCUGCGUUGUGCGGCAUCUGCCUGUUGUCUGUGCCCAGUUAGGAAGUGCUGCCAAAUCCUGAUUACCAACAACAACAUUUUGGGCCAACAAACAUGUUUGCUUGAGACUGAGACCGGCCAACAUAUUUGUUUUUUUGGGCAGUCGCAUCACAUCAUCGGCUCGAACUUGGCUCGUGGCUCAAAUAAAGGACUCGCUGCGCAGCUCGAACCUGAGAGAGAGAGAGAGAGCGGCAAGCAAACUCUCAGAGAGAACCCGUGAGAGAGAGAGAGAGAGAGAGCGCGGAGUUGGGCAAAAGAACAACACGAGGCCAAGAGCAGAGACGGAAGUGGCGACAUCUGUUUUGCCGCUUUGUCAGCUUAUCCGGCAGCCGUUUUGCCUUUAGCCGAUGCCAUAGCCGAGGACAGGCGAAGGACAACGACGUCGACAGGGACGACAGAGAGCGAGAACGAGAGCGAGAGAGAGAAAGAGACACACAGGGAUAACGGGCACGUGAAAUACACAAGUGUGGAAAUUGGAAUUUUUAUUCAAAACAAUGCCCCUGCUGCAACAGUACGAGGCGUCUGACUGCAACGGUGGCAGCGGCAACAUGCGUGCCUUGAGCGGCGCCAGCUCUGGAGAUUUACUGCAGAAGCAUUCGUCGAUUAGCUCGCUGCUGGAGCAGCAUCAACACCACCACCAGCAACAUCAUCAUCAUCAUCAUCAUGGGCAGGAUCUGCUGGGGAGACGCGGAAUUGGCGGCGGAGAUGCCAAUGAUGGACUUAUAUCAUUCAUAAAUGAUCCAAUCACACUGAACGAUCUGCUUGGCUUAUGUGGUGGCGGCGGUCCGGCAACUGCAGUCCAGGCCACAACAACAACAACAGCAGCAACAGCGCCAACAACAGUAGCAACAACGGCAGCAGGCAUCGGAGCAGGCAGCUCCGGCUCUGGCUCCGGAGCCGGAGCUAACGGCAGCAGCAGCUGCAGCAGCAGCGGCGGCGUUAAUAACUUGCUACUUGGCAAUGCGGCGACUGCUGCAGCUGCCGCUGUCGCUGCCGCUGCCACUGGCGAUUGCAGCCAACAGCUGUCGGCGAAUGCAGUGGCCUAUGCCCCACUGACGCCGAGCUCCACACAGUCCUCGGCCUCACCCGGAACCAAGUCAAGUUUUGAUUACUUUCAGUUUGAAAAUGUUGCACAAAGUAACCCACUUAAGGCUUUCCAAAGAUCAAACAUCAGCUUCGAUUGCUCUGCACCCUUAUCGCCAAGUACGCCUUCAUCUAUUUACAAUCGCUCCUUUCACAGUUCACCUUUAGUCAGUGACAGCAGCAACUCAUCCAGUGCCAAUGGCUUAUCGCUCGACUCAAUUAAUAUGCUCUAUCAGCAGCAGAGCUACAGCAAUUUGGGCAACACCAACGGCGGCAAUCUUGGUCUCAAUCUGCAGAAUGCAUCGACGCGUUCCAAUUCCCCGGAGAGUCAGAACAGCAAUCAGUCCCUCAAUGAACCCAAUCUACUAGACAUGAUCAAUCUGCUAUCUGUUAGCAAUAAUAAGCUGGCAUCCAUGCAACAGCAUCAACACCAGCAGCAGCAACAGCACCAACAACAGCAGCAGUCGCAACAUCAGCAGCAGUUUCAACAGCAGCAGCAACAGCAAAAGCAUUUACAGCAACAUCAACAGGCCCAACAACACCAUCAUCAGCAGCAGCAGCAACAACAACAACAACAGCAGCAGCAUCAACAACAUCAGCAACAACAACAGUCGCAGCAUCAGCAGUUCAACAACUUGAAUCGAAACUACGAGUCGCAACUGCUGAGUGGAUCACAGCAGCAGCAACAGAACUUUGAUUUGGGCAACAGCGAUUGCCUGAACCAGUGCAGUCUAGAGAACUUCACCAUUGUGGACAUGGAGCUGGCCAAGUUGCAGAAUCUGCAGCGCAUCAACACGCUCAAGCUGUUGCAAGCACAAACCCAGCAAAUGCCUCUGCUCAAUCAACUGCUUCAGAGUUAUGCGGGCAACUUGCCUGCUGCCGGCAGCAGCUCGAACAACAUCAACAAUGCCACAACGGCAGCCAGCUUAGGCAAUUUGGUGGGCGGUGGCACGGGCAGCAAUGUGAGUGUGGCUGCCAAUUCCGGCGGUGGCACGUCGGGCACGUCCAACGAUUGGCAUUUGGAUCGUGUGGCCAAGUUCUACAGGAGCUCGGCGGCGUUGUGCGAGGCCACAUGCACUUGGAGUGGCCAGUUGCCUCCUCGUUCGCAUCGCAUGUUGAACUAUUCCCCCAAAGUAUUUCUCGGUGGCAUUCCUUGGGACAUUAGUGAGCAAUCGUUAAUACAGAUCUUCAAGCCCUUCGGUUCAAUCAGAGUGGAAUGGCCUGGUAAGGAGCAACAGGCGACACAACCCAAAGGAUAUGUCUACAUUAUAUUUGAAUCGGAUAAACAGGUGAAAGCAUUGCUUUCAGCUUGUGUGCUGCAAGUCGAUGACUCGCAUAGCGGCAGCAAUUAUUUCUUUAAAAUCUCCUCGCGACGCAUCAAGUCAAAGGAUGUUGAAGUAAUUCCCUGGAUAAUAGCAGAUUCCAACUUUGUGCGCUCCAGUUCUCAGAAGCUGGAUCCAACGAAGACCGUUUUCGUUGGCGCCUUGCAUGGCAAACUGACUGCCGAGGGAUUGGCCACAAUAAUGGAUGAUCUGUUCGAUGGUGUCCUCUAUGCGGGCAUCGACACGGACAAGUACAAAUAUCCCAUCGGCUCGGGUCGUGUGACGUUCAGCAACUUUCGCUCAUACAUGAAGGCGGUGUCAGCGGCCUUCAUUGAAAUUCGCACUUCCAAAUUUACGAAGAAGGUACAAGUGGAUCCAUAUCUGGAGGACGCUUUGUGUUCGAUUUGCGGAGUGCAGCAUGGACCAUACUAUUGUCGGGAACUCUCAUGUUUUCGUUACUUUUGUCGCAGCUGUUGGCAGUGGCAGCACAGCUGCGAUAUUGUCAAGAAUCACAAACCUUUGACGCGCAACUCAAAGUCACAAACCUUGGUGGGCUUUGGGCCAUCGUCGUCGUCAUCGACGAUUUCGCUGGCGUUUUCAGGCAGUGGCAAUCGCUCGAAUGCGGAUCAAAAGCUGCAGCAGCAACAGCACAGUCACAAUCAUCACAACAAUCUUCAAAAUCAUCAGCAGCAGCAACAGCAAAAACUUAUCCAACUUCAGCAACAUGCCGCCAAUCAGCAGUCAAACAACUUGAAUCUCUGUUCGAACAGCGGCAACUCAAACGCAGCAGCCAACUCAUUGUACAACUAUCAACAGCAGCAGCAUCAGCAUCAACAGGCAAUUUAAGCGCGUGCGUCAACAAAUCCCAAUGUGCCCACUUUUAGCGUACCGUUUUAACGUACUUCAAGUCUUCAAGUCAAGCAUUGGAUUACAUUUUUUUGAAUUUUAAGUAAUACCAAAAUUUUGCACUUUUAAGCAACAGAAGAAGCCAAACCUAUCUGAAUGGCCAGAUUUGAACGUAAAUUGUUAGUGUUGCACACGAGCAUUCACCAUGAAUAUUGUAAAUCUACACACAGUUAUUUUGAUGUAUUUACACGAACGGUACGAUAUUAAGUAUAAGUAUAGGAAUAUAUAUAUAUGUAUACGUGCAUAUAUAUAUGUAUGUGUAUUACAUAUUAUACAUGUAUGUAUACUUUUCUUUUAGGCUAAACAUGAGCAUUCCUCCUUUUCUCCUUCUCACAACACAUAUUAUCUACAACUUCUACAACAUACUAUACUAUUUUUUGAUAAUCAUGCUUACAUAUCAGCAUUUGAAGCGGGCAUUCGAAUGCUAAACGAAACCCCCAGUAACAGUAACUUGGAAUUGGAAUAUCUCUUAUUAUCUAUAUAUAAUUUUUUUCGCUAAGAAAGCUGUCUAAAUACUUUUCAUCCGUAUUUCGUCUGCCUUAAGAAGUAAGUUAGCCUAUUAUGAAAAUUCUUUUUCGUUAUUUUUUCGUUUAAUUAAUUAGGUUAGUGCUAAUUUUUUGUUGUGCUAUUAAUUAGAAAUUUUAUAGCUUCUUUUUUUAUUAGCAAAAGCAAAAAACUUUUCUUUGGAUCUGUCCGUGAGCGAUUUGUUCAGGAAAUUGCAAUUUUUAAAUUCAAUUUAAAAAUUGUGAAUUUAAAUGAAUUUUGUCACAUUGAUAUUGUUAUACAGUUAUGAGUUCAUUUAUAUUAUUUUUUGUUUUGUUAAUGUUGCUAUUAGGUUUACGAUUAUUUUGUUGAAACAUAUUUACAAUACGCUUGAUGAUUGUUAAAACAUUGUUUUUCUAUCAUGGUCACCUAUUUGGCUGUUCUAGUUUUAAAGCCCAAAAAACAUUGUUCUUAUUAUUUAUGUCUUACAUUAUUUUUCAUGUAUUUUGAGAAAGGAUCUCGAUACUAUAUGUAUGUAAUAGCAAAGCAUUACAUAUUGUACUUAACAACGCUUUAAUAUAAUUUAAAUUAAGUGAACAUUCAUUAUUAACAUUAACACUUUUUCAAGCAAAUAUACAAGUACAUGCGACAAAGCUUUUGUUAUCAAAAUUCCA